AUGGGGGGAGGCAUGGGCGAGGCGGUGAGGAAGAGGAACUAUACGCGGCCACAGGAGGGACAGAACCUGAGAAAGAAAGACGACCAUUUGAGCGAGCAGCUCCUGACAGGAAAGAGAAUGAUACUGAACCCCCGGUCGUGUCGCGUCUCCUACUGGCUCUUCUGCUCGCUUCUCUACGUCUUCGCCCAUCAACGACUCAUUCAUCGGCCUCGCCUCAAUUCCCUUCUGCGUCUUCUUCUGCCCUCAUCAUCUCCGUCUUCGUCCUCUGCUCCUUCACCCUCUUCUUCCUCCUCUUCUUCGCCUGCCUCUUCGUCUUCUUCGUCUUUGCCUUCCUCUUCUUCGUCUGUGUCCUCUAGCGCGUUUUCCUCCUCAACUUCCUGUCCCUCGUUUUGUGCUACGGACGCUCCCCCACUCUCGUCCUCUGCUUCCUGUCUGAAGCCUCUACAGAGGAGAGACGAGCAUGUUGAUCGGGAGCGCGCGGCUGCGCUGCACAGCGAAACUCUCUCUGAGGAAAACAGCAGCAUACCCAUUUUUAGCUCUGCAUCUGCAGGCACCAACCAUGCCCCGCUUUCGCCUGCUGAUUCUUCUUCUCCUCCUGUCUCUCCUACGUGUCUCUUGUCCGCUCCCGCCCCUGUUGAGUUCGUUGUCAGACUCGUGAGUGUGUGGCGCGAAUAUCUUCAUUUUGCGCAUGCACUGCGGAAAAUCUUUGCUCCAAUUCAUGACGCGACUGCGGCGUUCCUGAGAGCCGCUUCUCCCCACCUUUUUCACUCUCCUUCCCGACACCUGUGGAAGCCUCAUACGUUACGCGAAUCUUCUGAAACGCUUUCAGCUGCAGAAGCGGUGCUCCAGCCACAUCGGCGCGACGGCAUGCAGCUGAAAAUGCGCUGGGGGUCCGCUACUCAUUUGCCGUCCUCAGCUGCUUCUUCUGCCGCUUCCUCCCGACCCCCCUCGUCUGCAGAAACAUCUCCAGGGACGGAGGCGAGCAAGGAAAACACAGUCCUUCCCACAGACGAGGAGCAGGAGCUGUUCGCGACAGAGGAGACAACGGAAGACGCAGCCAAAAUUGAGAGGGAACAGCCCACUGACAGGAGCUCGAAACGGGGAAGGAAGGAGGACGGAUUCCGACAGAAAAGACCUCUGCAUGCCUCAUGUCUGAAGAAAAGAGGCAGAGAUGAUGAAGUGUAUGACUCAAGACUUGCGACGCUGUCGCCUUCCGCUGUUGCUGCCUUAGUGUGUCAGAAUCUCCGCUCGCUUUGUCCUUGCUCUGUUCCCCGAAUAAAAACCGAUUCGAAGAAACAGGAGACGCGAGAGAAGGCAGGGAACAGAGAAAAACCAGAGCCCGACACUGGAGACCAGCCGCAGGGCGACGAACGCACCUUGGAGGAGACAAAGGGAAGAAAGGAGACAGAGGCAAACAGGAUUUCUCAGAGCGCAGUGGCAGCUUCUGCAGCUGCAAUGCAAGAUGCGGCGUUUCCUCUCGACAGUGCAGCUCUGCGUAUCUUUCGAUCGCUGCUUUCCCCAGACUGCCUGCUCGCCCUGAGUGCCUCAGUGAACUUCUGCUUGAAGGACAAACGUGUUGGUGCAGUGAAAGAGGUCGUCCGGCGAAUACUCCCAGUCUCCCCGUCGCCCUCUCUUCUGUCUUCCGUCUCGGCGUCUUCCUUUUCUUCUUCCCCUUUAUCGUGCUCAGCUUCUUCUCCUCCUCGUCUCGGUCGCAAUGGUUCCUCCCCUUUGCCUGGUACGUGUCAUCCUUCCUCAACAUUCGUCUCCUCCCAGUCGCCUUCGACCUCUCUCGAAUCGAGUUCGUGUCUCUCCCACACAUCCGGGAAGCCCCGCUGCAAGCCUGGAGUGUCUUCUUCAUCUCCACAGAAAACGUCCGUCACGCGCAACAGCGGCCCUCUUCCUGCCUCGGCGCCUUCCUCUGGUCUCGCUGCCCCGUCGUCGUUAGGUCUCCAUCCUCUCAUUCUCCGGGAGGCUCUCGUUCUGCUCAAGCGCGUGUCUGACUACACCGUGCCUGUUCGUCUUCUUUCGCUGCCUGCUUGGGAGAGAGACCAGCGCCGAGAGGAAGAAGAGCGAGAGAGACGAAGGAAAGCGCGACAGCGUGCAACGGAGGCAAGCGAUAAGCGACGAGACGAGAAGAAGAAGCACGAAGGGGACGGCAGGGAUACCACCUCUUGCGUUCGCAGGGAGGCUCAACAGAUGCUCGACGAUGCACUGAAAAGCCAAGGAGAAAGUAAAGACUCUCUCAAAGAGGCAGCAAAGCAAAAGAUUGAAGCGAAGCUCGGCGACAUCGGAACAAAGAGUUCAGCUGCUUCUGUUCGAGUGGUGCAGAACUUGGCCCAAAAUGACAUCGGAGACACCAGCUUGACGGCGGAUCCCGGUCAUCUGGAAGAAGACCAGAAAGGGCCAAGAACACAGACAGGAAAACAAAGAAGAGGCCUGCCCUGGGGCGCUCCGCAGUGGGUCGGCGGAGGAGUGACAAAGAGCGUUUGGGGUGGCAGCAUCAAAGGGGCAGAAAAAUUCAACUGGUGGCUCAUGCGGAAGGCAGGAAAGCUUUAUCUGUCGAUUGCAGCGAGUCUACUUCAAACCCAAAACCUGCCACUUCCGGUGUACGUACAGUUGGCCCUCCACUUUCUGCAAGCAGAGUCGGAGAUCGACCAGCAGUGCUUCGAUCCGCAAGCUCGCGAAAAUCUGCAAACGGCAGUGGCGGCUGCACUUCUGCGCUUCCCCAUCCACCAAGUGCUGAACCUGCCGCCGGGACUCGGUGCCCUCUUGUCUUCAGGAGACUGGGAAACACUUCGUUUACUCUUCACCGUUCUGAGACGCUGGCCGGAAGACGCUUUCACACGAUUCGUCGCCGAGUGCCGUCUUUACUGGAUUUCUCGUUUCUCUUCUGCUUUGUCUAUGACUCAUCCCACUCACUGCUCUACGGAUCCUCCCCACGAUUCCUCAAAUUCUUCAUCUUCUUCCAACUCGAUUCCUUCAGCAUCAUGUGCCUCGGCAUCGUCUCCUUCGCUCUCGUGCUCGGGUGCCUCUGCUCUAGCGAGGCCAGUCUCGGUUGCCCGCGCCUCUCCACCUCUCUCCUUCUUGGUGGCACGGCUGUCGUUUCUAGUCGAAGAAAGGGCCAAGACAGAAAAGGAACUCACGCGACAUUUCGGAGACCAUCCGGCUCUACGCCAGGCGCGAGACGAUGCCUUUCAAACGGUGCUAAAUGGAUCGAAUUUUGCCUCGAUUCUCUCGACGUAUCAGGGACCGCCGGUUACUCCCUCGGACCCUCAAUUCACAGCUUCUCUUUCUUCAUCCUCCUCGAGUUCUGCUGUUCUUCCCUCUCUUCCUUCUUUCUCUGACGCUCGAUCUUGCGCCCCUGCUUCUUCGCAAACCCCCCCACUAACGCCCUCAUCAUCAUCUUUUUCGACUUCCUCGUCUUCUCGAGUCUCGGAGUCGACGGCGUCUGAUUUGCACGCCAGCCUCCUCAAAGCCAAGGAAAACCUCCCUCUGUCUCUUGUUCUUCAAGCCCCAUCUGCUUCGUUGUCCUCCUUCUUUCUCCUUCUUCCUGCGCUCUUUCCGCUCUCAACAGCCUCGUCCACUCCCCCUCCGUCGCUUCUCCUCAGUGCCGCUGUCGUAGAUUAUAUUGACCAGACACUCAGAGAAACCCCGCGUGCUUCUAAUGUGCAUGCGCUGACUGCCGAUUCACAGCGAGCACGAGACGGUACCGGUCGCAUAUCAAGAGUCGAAAGGGAAGCGAAAAAACGCGACUGUAUCACCGGGAACACAGGCCGUCUUGGCACAUCCCAAGGACACUGGCUGGCCAGUCUAUGCCAGGUAGUGCAGCAUUUGCAGGAUCGGGAGACAUUUUGCAGUCUGUUUCGCCUCCGCCUCGCGCGCCGCCUUCUCAGCAACGCUUUACGCGUUCCAGAUGUGCCGUCAUGUCGCCGAGACGACUUUUCUUCUCUUGUCUCCUCGUCCGUUUCCCCGCGUUUCUCCCGCGGUACUUCUCUCCUCUCGCCGCCGACCUUUGGUGGGCCAUCGGAGCCAGGCGAUUCUCGCGAGCAGCUAAGAAAGGAGCACGUGGAGGAGAAGGAGGCGCUCCGAGAGAAAGGGGAGGGCUUCAAUGAAAGAGAGGGUCGAGACGAGCAUGUUACCAGCUGUUUGGAACUCGACAACGGACCUUCAAGACGCCCAAAAAGAAUGGAACUCCCUCGUGCCCAUGCAAAGUCGAGAAAUAGUUGUGCAACUAUUGUUCAUCCAGGGACGGGAGAAGACUCAGCAAGAGCAGGUGCAGAGGAAGGAGAGGCGAAAACAACUCUCAAGGAUCACGGGGAGAGAGACAAGCAGCUGGAAGCAAGGGAGACAGAACGACUCAAUGGAGAUCCUGAGUGUCUGAAAAGGCGCCUUGUGCCUUCGACGAGCAACGCGUACACCUUUGUGCGUUCCUCUCGUCAUUUUGGCAGACGCGGAGAAGACGUCGAACCAUGCAAAGUACGCAGAACCUACAAAGAGAUUAACGAACAAGGCAACACAGGUGAGGGCGCGUCCUCCCAGUUGGAGGCAAGGACUCCGGAAGAAGUGGAGGCGAAGGAGGCUGUCUGUUGUCUUAACAGCGAGGUGCAUUUGCGAGGCGAGGAGAGACGAUCGAACGGCCGGGUAGACACGAGGAGCCCAGGCAGCAGAAGCCUGGAGCAGCGGGAGAAAGCGAGACUGAAGACGGAACAACGAGUCGCCCAAGCCGUCUUGGAAGCGGCAGUCGGAGACUUCAGCAGGCAACAGGAAAGCUGGAAGUUGAGGCAGAUGUUUGAAGACCUGGCCGUUGCGGUGCGUGUGAAGGAAGCAUUUGAACAGGGUCAGCGCGACCGAGAGGAAAGACGCGAAAAGGAGGACAGAAGAAACACACAAACCUCGUGGAAGCCGAAGCUCCACGCCGUGCAGCAAGAAGAAACCACAUGCACUGCUGAGGAACGAGGCAAAUCCCAGUGCGUAGCAAUGCACACCGAGGCAGGGGAGCGAGGAAACUUGCCAAGAAACAGCAUGGCUCCUUUGAAUCCUAGGCCUGGCAGGAACACCCAACUCCUGGCGUCGGCCUCUACUGUCACCUCGUUUAAUUCUUCGGUGCCGCUCCCUUCCUCAAACGUUUUGUUUCACCCUCUGAUUCUUACGCAGCACGCGUGGGCGCAUGCGCUGCCUGCCAGCGACCUUUAUCUGCCGUCUUCUUCCUUUGUCGACGAGUCAGGCCGCUCUGCCUCUGUCCCCUCUUCUUCUGGCUCGACUUCAACUCUGUCGAGCUCUUCUCCAACUCCAGCGCGACGCGGAGCUUCUCCUAGAGCAGCGACUGUUGCCCAUGCAUGCAGGCCUCUGAGAGACUUCCAGGAGCAGCUGAUUGCUAUAGGACAGACAGAGCCGGGUGGAACCGGGCUGCUUGACCCCGGCGUCGAGGCGAAGAAAAACGACGAUGCGAAGAAACCUGAGAAAACAAGAGACUAUCAGGUCCUGUCUGUGAUGAGGGUCGGCGACCUUUGGCUGCCGCGAUACCUCGGGAUCCCUUUAAAGAAAUUCACGGAGUUCUACAAGGCCCGUUUCGCCGAGCGACGCCUCACAUGGCACAUUCGCCUCAGUCGCAUGCAGCUCUACUGCUAUGAUACCAACGCGACAAAGAACCCCAAAAGAACGCCAAACGCGCAGAACGUUGCUUCUUCUUCUACGCUUCUGAACGUCCCUGCUGUCAUUGGAUGUAUUCUUCUUCUGUUCAACACGCGGACGACGCUGUCUAUGCAGGAAAUUUCCACGCACACAGGCCUCGCAGAAUGGGAAGUGAAGAAAGUUCUUGUCUCUCUACUCGCCCCGCCUCAGCAGCUUCUCCUCCUUUUAGCGACCGACGUCAAAGCGCUGGAUGUUGCGGGAAAAGGACAUUGCUUUUCCAGCGCAGAGGAGAACCAAGAUCUCUCCCGUUUUGUCUCGACCGGGGGAGGAAGAGACAAGGGGGAAAUCGAUGAAGAAAAAGAGAUGCAAGGCAAUGGCCAGCGACUGAGCUGCGAGGCAGAGCAGAGACCCCAGGAGAAGAAGGCGAUGAAGACUAUCACAGAGGAAUGCAGGGUUGCCUCGCCCUCUGUGUCUUUUCUUCAACUUUGGCGACAAAUGCGCGAAAAUGCGGAGACGCAGUUCUCUCUGAAUGAGGGAUUCUUCGCCAUACCUAGAGGAAACUGCGAAGUCGUGGACAUACACCCAAUCGAGGAUGCCGCCUUGACUCUUCUAACUCGAGAUGCUGAUGGCCACAAAACCAGUAGCGACGCUCGCGGCCUUCUGUCCAGCCACCCGCUGUUUGCGGCGUAUUCGUCGGUUCUCCCUCCGGACGUUUCCCCUGCCUCCUCCGUCUCUGUCCCGGCAACCUCUUCUCUGUCUGGUGUCGCCUUCUCUCGCCCUGAGUUUGCCCGCAUGUCAAGCCAGAACGCGCGCUUCCCUUGUGCAUGCUCGUCACUGUCCCUCUCUCUGGACUCGCCUGCUUUCCUGGAGGCCACGAUUGUGAGAAUACUAAAGAGGCAUAGACGCUUAAGUCACUCGGACCUUUUUGAAAGAGUUCAACUGUGUGUCCGCUCGAAACACUCAAUUGCAAGCCGUCGUGAGCAGGAGGUAGUGAACCGGUUGAAGAAGUCACUGACCUCUCGCGAGGAAGUCAGCCACGAUGAAACCGAGGCAACAACGACGAGAGAAGCUCUGGAGACCACAGUCGUGAACCGUGCUGAAGUUCCGCCUCCGGAUCGUAUGAGUGAAGGGACAGGAAGCACCUGUCAUGGAGUGCUCAGCCUCCCUCGAUCUACAAAAAGGAUGAGGACUGCGCGGACACAGAUUCCAGAGUUCGCGGGAAAAGAAACAAAGAACGACCAACUGGAACUGGAUCCAGGGCAGACGCGCUUGCCAAGACAGCCCUCAAGCGACGCCACCUUGGAUAGCGGGCCGGUCAACGAGGAGAGCGAAACAAAGAAGCCAGCGCGCUGGGAGGAACAAGACAGAACCGGGUGUGAAAACGGAGAGGGGGGAGGUCACGGCGCUUGUCCAGGCACUGCUGAGGCAGCGCAGAAGCCCUACACUGGCAACGAAGACGGCUGUGAGCAGAAGGUGUCGCAGAUUCACGGAGUGGUGGUGAAGGGGAGCGUUUCCACUGUGGAGAUGGAGAAUUCGUCAAACGAGCCGAAGAUGAGACUCGAAGAGAACGGUCAGAGCGACACGACUGGCGUUUCAGUCCCGAUGGCAGUCUUCAAGAAGAGACUGGAGAGCCUCGUGGAACGCGAAUUCAUUGCAAGGGACGAACGCGAUCCGACGAUGUAUGUCUACCUCCCUUGA